AUGUCGUCAUUAAAACAUGUGUAUUAUUUCCAAGCUGGCAUUGGAGUCUUAGCCAAUGCCUUCCUUUUUCUCUUCCACAUCUUCACAAUCUACCAGGAUCAUAGGCCUAAACCCACUGAUGUGGCCACUUGUCACUUGGCUUUUGUCCACAUAGUAAUGCUAUUCACUGUACUGGAUAUUUUAUCUGCAAACAUGUUCAUGUCGCUGAAUUUUCCAAAUGACUUGAAAUGUAAGGCUUUGCUCUAUAUAUUCAGGGUGAUGAGGGGCCUCUCCAUCUGUACCACCUCCCUCCUGAGCAUCAUCCAGGUCAUCACCAUCAGCCCCAGUACCUUCUGUUUGUCAAGAUUUAAAUAUAAACUCACAAGUCAUGUUAUCCAUGCUUUCUUCUAUUUUUGGUCAUUCAGCUUGUCUUCCAAUAGCAACAUGAUAAUCUACACUGUAGCUCAUUCCAAUAUGACCAAUAUACUCAAUGUCAGUAAGUAUUGCUCACUUUCUUCAAUGGACCCCAUCAUCAUGGAACUAUAUUUCAUUCUUACAUUGUCUCAAAAUGUCUUCUUUGUAGGAAUCAUGUUGCUCUCCAGUGCACACAUGGUGAUUUUCUUAUCUAGACACCAGAAGAGGUCUGAGUACCUUCACAGCAUAAACACUUCCCCAAGAACCUCCCCAGCAACAAGGGCCACCCAAACUGUCCUGUGGCUGGUGAGUUUCUUUGUGAUCAUGUACUGUUUGGAUAUCAUCAUCACUUCCUUCUCAAUCAUGUUGUGGAAAUAUGAUCCAGUUGUCUUGGAUAUCCAGAGGCUUGUGGGAAGUGUUUAUGCCACUAUCAGUCCCUUGGUGCUAAUUAGUUCUGAUAGAAGAAUAAUUGGUAUUCUUCAACAUGUGAUUGAUAUAGCAUUGAUUUUAAAAAGUUCAUGA